GGUCGUGGCGCGCCGUGCGCCCAGGGCGCAAAGGGGAGCCGGCCUCGCCUCGGCCAGCUGUGCCGCCCCCGAGGGAACUACAGCGCCCAGCAUCCUCCGCGCCGCGCAGCUGGCUAGAGAGGGAGGAGGAGGAGGAAGAGGCGGCGGGAGAAUUCAAAAAGUCUCCAGCCGGAGCCGAGCAAAGGUGGAGUAGGAGAACCGGGACGCUGCCGGUCGGAGCGAUGGAGCGGCCGGGCGGGACCCAAGCGGGCUAUGAGCGCCUUACGGCAGAUGAAAUGGAUGAGAAAAGACGCCAGAACGUUGCCUACCAAUAUCUUUGUCAUCUUGAAGAGGCCAAGCGCUGGAUGGAGGCCUGCCUACGAGAGCCCCUGUCCGCCCCGACCGAGCUGGAGGAGAGUCUGAGGAACGGCGUCAUCUUGGCCAAACUGGGGCAUUUCUUUGCCCCCGACGUCUGUCCCUUGGGAAAAAUCUAUGACCUGGAUCAGGCCCGUUUCAAGGCAUGUGGGCUGCACUUCCGCCACACUGACAACAUCAACCGGUGGCGAAAUGCCAUGAGCCACAUCGGACUGCCGACGAUCUUUCACCCUGAGACCACCGACAUCUAUGACAAGAAGAACAUGCCGCGCGUGGUGUACUGCAUCCAUGCGCUGAGUUUGUACCUGUUUAAACUCGGCCUGGCGCCCCCGAUCCAGGAUUUGUAUGGAAAAGUGAAAUUCACAGAUGAGGAAAUCAACCACAUGAAGCGCGAACUGGAGAAAUAUGGCCUGCAGCUUCCCUCGUUCAGCAAGAUUGGUGGGAUCCUGGCUAAUGAGCUCUCAGUGGAUGAAGCGGCAGUCCACGCGGCCGUCCUGGCCAUCAACCAGGCCCUCGAGGUGGGCCAUGUGGCCCAAACGAUGGCCGCCCUGCGCAACCCCAACGCCCGGCUGUCCGACCUCCAGGAGCCCCUUGGCGAGGUCUAUCAAGAAGUCCUCUACCAGGCCAAGGUGGAGAAAGCCCAAAACGCCAAGAACCGAGACCUCCAGGAAAGGACCAACGAUGAAGACCUUUACGACCGGCGCUUGACCCAGGCUGAGAUUCAAGGGCAAAUCCACGCAGUGAACGUAAAAGCUGCUCUGGAGAUGGCGGAUGACGCUCUGGAAGAACAGGACGCCCAGGGCCUGUAUUCUGCUUUGCAGUCUCCUUCUUUGGCUCUGAGGAACCUGCGUCUGGAGAAUGCAGACUGGUAUCUGGAGCAACUAAGCACAGAUCGGGAGCAGAAAGCCCUGGAGCUGGGCUAUGUGGAUAUGCUGGAGCGAGAGGAAAUCCAGGCUGGCCUUUACGUGGCCAAUGAGAGAGGCGACCAAGAACGAGCUGCUGCAGAGGCUGUGAGGCGCAUCAAUGCUGCCAUUCGGAGAGGGGCUGCAGAGGAGAUCGUGCGGGCUCUGGCCGACCCGGUCGCCCAGUUGCCCGAGGUUUUCUUCUUUGCUGCCAGCCUCUACCAGCGAGAACUUUCUGUCCUCCAGCGUCAUCAUCCACAGGGUGCGCUGGUCCAGGAGGAGCUGUUUGUGGCUGUCGAGAUGCUGUCCGCAGUGGCUCUGGUCAACCAAGCCCUGGAAGACAGAGAUGCCCGCAGCUUCUGGAGGAGUCUUGCCAGCCCCAGUUUGGGCCUGUCUGAUCUGGAAGAGAGCAACGCCCAGUGUUAUUUUGAGGAGUUGUUGAAAGAGAAGUCGAAGCCGCCUCCUGGCUCCGGAAGCCACUUCUUGAGCUGGAACGACAUCCAGGCUUCUGUGAGGAGGGCAAAUCUUUCCGUCCAGGAGGAAAAGGAGAAAAUCCUGGCGGUCCGGUUAAUUAAUGAGGCCUUGGAGCGAGGGAGCCCAGAGAGGACCCUCACGGCCCUGAUGCUGCCUUCUGCCGGCCUCCAGGACGUGAGGCUGCCGGUGGCUAAACGCUACCACGAGGUUUUGGCCCGGAGGUUGAGGCAGAAAGCCCAGGUGACGGGGGAGGCCGGCGCUGCCUUGUGGUGGGAAGAGAUCGUGGAUGGCGUCUCCGAGGCCAACCGAGACACUGAAGCCGCCAUGAGAAUGGCCUUAGGCGUGGCGGCCAUCAACCAGGCCAUCAAGGAAGGGAAUGCGGCGCAGACGGCCCGGGUCCUGCGCAAUCCGGACGUGUCUCUCUGCGGCGUGGUGGCCGAGUGUGCCGAGGGCUACCAGGCGCAGCUGAGGGCCCUCUUGGCCACCAGGAGCAAAACAGGUAAGAAUUCGAAAAAGCCCUGGGUGCAACACCGCUUGAAGGACGGGAUGGCAUAUUACUUCAGCCUGCAGACCUUCGAGGGCUCGUGGGAGCCGCCUCGGCCCUGCGCCCUCAACACGACGCAUCUCAGCCGGGAGGAGAUCCAGGCCACCAUCGGGAGGGUGACGGCUGCCCACGACCGGAGGCGCCUCUGGGAGUCCAGCGUCCCGUUGGUGAUUCGGCUCCAAGCCCGGAUGAGGGGCUUCCUCGUCCGACAGGGGUUUGCAGCCCGGAGGCACUUACUGUCCGAACAGGUGCCGGCGGCUACAAAAAUCCAGGCCUGCUGGAGGGGGUAUCGGCAACGGAGGAAUUAUCUGGAAAGGCUGCGGUUCUUCCAGAAGCACGUGGGGGCCGCCCGCAAGAUCCAAGCUUGGGUUCGGAUGUGGCUCGCACGCAAACGUUACCUGGAGCGGCUGCGUUACUUCCGCAGAAAUGUAUGGGCUGUGAUUAAAAUCCAGGCGUUUGUACGGGCGAAUAAAGCACGAGGUGAUUACAGGAUGUUGGUCCACAGCCAGAACCCACCCCUCGGCAUCGUCCGGCGUUUUGCGCACCUGCUGGAACAGAGCCAGCGGGAUUACUGGGAGGAACUGGAGUUGCUGGCGCUCCAAGAGAGCGUGGUGAAAGGGAUCCGGUCCAACCGGCAGCUGGAAAGCGACCUCAAUCUCAUGGACAUCAAAAUUGGGCUGCUGGUCAAGAACAGGAUCACCCUCCAGGAGGUGGUUUCUCAUUGCAAGAAGCUCACCAGGAAGAACAAGGAGCAGCUCUCGGACCUGAUGGGCCCCAGCAAGGACCAGGGGCUGAAGGCCCUCAGCCAGGAGAAGCGGAAGACCCUGGAGGCGUAUCAGCACCUUUUCUACCAUCUGCAGACCCACCCGGUGUAUUUGGCCCGCCUGGUCUUACAAAUGCCUCAGAACAAGUCCACCAGGUUCAUGGAGUCGGUGGUGUUUUCCCUCUACAACUACGCCUCGAACUCCCGGGAGGCUUGCCUUCUGCUCCGGCUCUUCAGGGCGGCCCUCCAAGAAGAAGUCCACUCCAGAGUCACCCGGAUCCGUGACAUCCUGACGGGGAACCCGACGGUCAUCCGGAUGGUUGUGAGCUUCUACCGCAACGCCCGGGGGCAGAACGCCUUGCGUGAAAUCCUGGGGGGUCCCGUCCAGGAGGUUCUCCAGAACAAGACCCUGAGCAUCCGCACGUGCCCCGUGGAGAUCUACCGAGGGUGGAUCAACCAGACCGAGUCCCAGACAGGGCAGAAAAGCCCCCUCCCCUACGACGUCACCCCCGAGCAAGCCCUCGGUCACCCCGAGGUCCAGCGGAGGCUGGACAUCUCCAUCCGCAACCUCCUGACAGUGACGGACAAGUUCCUCUCGGCCAUCAUCUCCUCUGUCGACAAACUCCCUUAUGGGAUGCGUUACAUCGCUAAAGUCUUGAAGACGUCCUUAACGGAGAAGUUCCCACAGACCGCCCAGGGAGACAUUGACAAGGUGGUUGGGAACCUGCUCUACUACCGCUUCAUGAACCCGGCGGUGGUGGCCCCCGAUGGCUUCGAUAUCGUGGACCUCUCGGCCGGCGUGGCCCUCCAUCCGGACCACCGGCGCAACCUGGGCUCCGUGGCCAAGAUCCUGCAGCAGGCGGCCGCUGGCCAGCUCUUUGAAGGGGAGAAUGCCCACCUCAGGGUGGUCAACCAGUAUCUGGAGGAGACCCACCUCAAGUUCAGAGAGUUCAUCACCGCCGCCUGCUCUGUUCCGGAGCCAGAAGACCGUUUUAACGUGGACAGAUACUCUGAGAUGGUCACCCUCACCAAGCCGGUGAUCUACAUUACAGCCGAGGAGCUGGUUAACACGCACAAGCUGCUGCUGGAGCACCAGCGCUUGGUAGCCCCCGAUCCUCGGGACCCUCUCCACGAACUUCUGGAAGACCUGGGCGAGCUGCCCACCAUCCAUGGGGUGAUCGGUGAAAAGCCAGGGCCAGGAGCUUUGGAACAGCCCCCAGCUCAGCUGGCCAAGAUGGAAAUCUCACUCAUCCUGAGCAGCAAAUUUGAUGCCGACGUGAUCGAUGCAGAAGGCGGAAAGGAUACGCACAGCUUACUGCUGAGCACCAAGCAGCUGCUGGUGGACGUGAUCCAGUCCCAGCCGGGAGAUUCCCUGACGGAGAUCUUGCAGACACCAGCCUCAGAGGACCAGGAGGUGGUCCACCACCAGCGGAUGAAGAGACGGGCCGAGUGCCAGGCCCGGGCCCCCGACAGGCUGAGGUCCCACCACCCUCUGGCGGCCGACACCUGCCUCUCCCUCGAGGAGAAGAAGAGGAUCGUCCUCAAGAACCUUCGGCGCCUUGACAGCCUGGGCUUGGUGGACGCCGGCAACCAGUUCCAGGCGAUCCUCAACGAGAUGGCCCAGGACAUCUGCAACCAGAGGCGGUACCGCCAGCGGCGCAGAGCGGAGCUGGCCAGCCUGCAGCGGACUCUGGGCGGCCUGCAUGCCAAGCAGGCCUUCUACGAGGAGCAGAUCGACUUCUACCACCAAUACAUCCGGACGUGCCUGGACAACCUGGCCGCCCAGAACAGGUCCAGCAAGAAGCAAGCGGUGCUCCAUUACACGGGAACCCGGCUGCACGAGAAGGGCGUCCUGCUGGCGAUCGAGGACCUCCCGCUCAGCCAACUCAAAAAUGUUGUCUUUGAAAUUGUGCCCUGUGGGGAAGCCGGGAAGUUCCAAGUCAAGGCGAAGUUUAUGGGCGUCGAGAUGGAAAAGUUUCAGCUCCAUUACCAGGACCUCCUGCAGCUGCAGUACGAGGGCGUUGCCGUCAUGAAAAUGUUCGACAAGGCCAAAGUCAACGUCAACCUUCUCAUCUUCCUCCUGAACAAGAAGUUUUUCAAGAAAUGAUUGUCUGUUUGUGUGGGGUGUGUAUGUGUGUGUGUGUAGGUUUAGUCCCUAGGAAAGGCAGGCUGAAAAUGUUGCCCACGAGGGGCGGUUAAGCGGUGCCAAAGACCUAGCGAUGCUCACAGCCCUUUGUUUCCAAUUCCAGAGAUGUUUUGUCCUUGCCAGCUGAGCGCUAGAGUGUCAGGGCUGGAGGCUGAGUGAGAAUCCUUCCCCCUCAGAGGCUAUCUUUCUGUAAGCGAGGAGGUUGUACAAUGGAGCGGUCCACCUUCUGUAGUCUAGACUUGGUUUGAUAAGGAUGAAACUGGUUUUUCUGAGCACUCCAGUUGUGGAAGCCCCUGGUAUUGUUGGGGGGACAGAAACUGUGUGGCUUCAUUUCCGUCACAAACCCACAAAUUCAUGCUCCUACCUCUUUUGAUCUCUGGUUUCUAACAAGGUUAGCCACACACAAUCAUAUUGGCCCUUCCUUCCUUCCUUCGAUCCAUCAUCACUUCCUUCCUUCCUUCCUUCCUUCCUUCCUUCCUAUGUUGCCCACCAAUGCCAUGGAGUUGUGUUCAUGAGUGUCUCUGUGUGUAUACAUUUGUGUGUGGUGGCUCUAAAAGCGAAGUUCUUCACAACGCUCCAGGUUACUUGUGUAUAAAAAGCUGUUUUUCUCGUCUCCUUCAUCUUCUGUCUCCGGUGGCCCAAAUUCCGGCCAGAUCCUUUUUCCUUAAUGCUGGAAAUGAGAUGUUUUUUGACAGGCGCCACCUCAGAAACACCUCCGUUCUUAUGCUGGCGAUGUGCUUUACACCCUCGAGUGCAAUAAUAUAGUCUUGCAAAUUAAGGAUGCUUCCCUGAACUCUGAAAAUUCAAAUAUUUCAUCUGAACACAGUGGCCAGCAAGAGGCAGAUGAGUUUAGGGUAUCCGGUCUGCACAGAGGACUAAUGCUGUUGGACACUUGUUUUUUUAAAUAAUUACUGCCGUUGUUUGAAAAUAGGUGGCUAUCUUUCACCCAGCAGCUUUUUAAAAUGUGGGGUCUGGAACGGUUUGAUUAGCUUAAAGUCAUUAUUUGCGUGAUAUAACGGAAGAAAGUCACUCUUUUUUUAAAAAAAGUUCUGUACUCAAGCUAUUUAAAAAAUAAAUGCACUUAUAUUUAA